AUGUCCGCCAUGCGCGCUCAAUUGUCCCUAUUGAGGACGGCACGCAGUGCGCGACCUGUGGCCCAACUGUCUCCUUAUGUCUGCCGGCAGUGCAGGAGCAUUCAGAUCAGCGCAGUGCCGACGACUGAAGCUCCGCGGGUUGGCGGGGAUAUUUUUGGAGCUCGAGGCAGCGGCCAAAGGGACGCAGCAGACGCUCGCUUUGAAGUCCUUGGUUCGCCGUACUCGCUUCUCUCUGUCACACUCUCGCCCUCGCAACAACUUUAUACGAGACGAGGCACUUUGGUCGCCGUCGCGGGCAAGGCUGAGAACGCCCAAUCUACGCUUUCGAUCCUCUCUCCCUUCACACGAGCCUUCCUCGGCGUUCCUUUUCUGUACCAGCGUAUUUCAUCUUCGACACCGUUGACAGCACUCAUCUCGACCAAGUCUCCCACUACCACCUUCACGGUUCUACACCUCGAUGGCACGACUGACUACAUGGUUACCCAGCGCAACGCGCUACUUGCAUGGACUGGCCAUACGCUCUCCGUUUCCCCACGCAUAAGCCGUGGUCUCUCACUGGCCCAUUGGGGAAACACUCACCUUACCGGCCGUGGUUUGGCUGCACUGUCGUCUCCGGGCCAGAUCUAUGAACUCAACCUCGCAGAGGGCGAGGAGUUUGUCGCCCACCCGUCGCAUGUGGUCGCCUACUCUGUUUCGCGAAACCCCCCUCUCCCCUUCCGCCUCAAGUCCAACAUCCUCCGCUUCCAAAUCCCUAGCAUCACUGGUCUUCUCCCCGAAAUCAAAUUCCUCAAAGCGAUGCGCGAAACGAGCACGUAUAAGAAUAUUUCCCAGUGGCUUUUUACCCUUCGCACAUCGCUGCGACGCACCAUCUGGGGCGACCGCCUUUUCCUCCAGUUCCGUGGGCCUACUACUAUCUUGAUGUCCAGCAGGGGUGUUAGAGUUGCCGAUUCACUGACCACGAACGAGGUCAACGAGAUUGCCGAUGCGCCGGCGGGCGUUGUCCCUGAAGCCGUUGAACUGACCACAAAGCCCAAAAUCGAGGCAAAGCCCGUGUCAGUUGAGCAACCUCCCUCCGCGAUCCACGUCGCCAAUGUCAGUCGAGAUGGAAAGGUCAACUUUGAAGAUGCGAAGGAUCUGAAGGAAUUUGUGAGGUGA